AUGCCGUUACUCGCAUUGUGCGUUCUCGGGCGUGUCUCGAAACGGACGAGUGAUGCGGAGUGGAGCCGGCCGGUGAAAAUGACACAGACACCUUGGUUUGCAAGUCUUGUGCAAAAACAUCAGCUGCAAGAGUGGCUCGUGAACCGAUGUGAUGUGAAGGACAGGGCAGCAGUAUCGGGGCAGUGUGAGUGCGAUAUAUUGGUCGAGGUCGGAGACGGUCGUGCCUACGAUGGCCCAUUGACCCCGUGGAGCGAAGAAGAAAACCUUCUGUGGGAGCAUUUAGGCAGGCCGCAUGCUGCAAGGUCGCUCAACAUCAGGCGCAGCGUCGUGCUGCAGCGCCCCAUGCUUGUGCAGCGACCUUCGCAGCUGAAGGUUCCAAUCUGGAGCCCCUCAGUGCCGGCAUCAAGUGUGGAGGUCCGUGGCGUCGUGCCUCCGGGCACAGGUGCAUGUCUAAAUGCAGCCGGUGUUUGCAAUGCCUUGAAUAUUUCAGUUCAGCAAUUGAAUCAGUUCUUGCAGGCCCCGAUUUGCUUGGCUAUCCCACCCAUACUUCUCAAGUUGAUCAAAAAGGGGGCUUGGAACACAGUCAUGCUGUUGGCCAAAUGGCACCAACGUCGCAGAGGGGAUGCCUAUCAUGGGUUUGCCCAGGCUUUCGAUUUAGCAGCAUGGCACGAGGUCAUGAAAUCAUCGGGUCUUUUAGAGCGUUACGUUGAACCUCCCGCAUUGGCACUAUCCCAGAUGGACGCUACCAGACUAGCCAUGAGUUUGCAGGGCUGGGCUCCGCACAUCUUGGCUGGCAAUGACACUUUAGAUGAGCAGGAAUUGUCAGGCAUAAAGCUGCGUCUCGAAGAGUUCGUGCUGAAAUUGCAGAGCUUUGCUGGACCUGUUUGUCUAGCUACCCACAGCCGUCAGAAGACCUUCAGCCAUGACACGGUGGUGGCAGCCCUUUGUAGCAGCAUGAGAUUGAAGAACAAGAAAGAGUUGGCACCCAUGCUGCGAGAGGCUUUAAACCACAUGUUUCCAGGCCUGAGCGCUGACAUGAACAUUCGGGUUCCGUCAGGCAGCACGCUUAGCCGGAGGCAGCUCCUGGUGGAUGCAGCGUUCUCGUGCUACUGGAGGAAUUUCUUUCAGGAGCACACCGGACCUCUUUAUCUGUGGGCGGACUCCUCGCCGCAAGGAGGAGUGGACUGGCUACUUUCGAUUGUGUCUUUUGCGAAACAGGAUAGCUUGGCAGAUUUAGUGUCGGCUGCAUCGUUUUUGCAGGAAUCCACAAAGCAUUUUGAAGCAGCUUGCGCAAUAGAUGACAAGGACCGCAUGCUAGAGAUAGCACGGAAACGACACGAAUGCGGCGUGCUGGUCAAAUCCACCCUCGGGCUGCACAGGCAAAUUCCAAUGGCAUUGGGUUCUGCUCAUACGUCUUUGGAGCAUAAAGUAAGAUGCAUGUGUCGAAAGCUGUAUGCAGAGAGCCAGUCGAUAAGCGCUCUCAGGCAGCUUUUGAGUCGUGUUCGGAGCAUGACAACGGACAUGGGAACUGAGAUGUCCAUCCCAGACUACGAAGCUGCAGGCCUUGAAUCUGUGCUGCCGGCUUUCAUGUUGGAGCCGGAACUCUUGAGUGAGGAGGAUCCGUUGCUCCACGCAAGCGCCGAUGCUGCAGCAAGCUCCGGUCACCUACUCCCAGAAGCACUUCUAGUUCCAGGCAUUCUUCACGUGGUAAACAACAUGACCAAGGAGAUAGACGGCACUUUGUCUUUUUGGGAUGGGUUUUUGCCGGGGUUUAGGGCCAUAGCCAAACUUCUACAUCGCACAGAUCUUCGCCAGCGUCUCAUCGCUGCAAUCCGAGAGACCCCGUACGCCUGGCUUGAGUCAUCUUUUGAGAAGGGUGUUGCUGCCCCUGCAGAGUGGAGGUGGGGCACGGUCACCGCCAUUGCGCCACACAUCCUCUCGCUCAGAUCCGCUUUGCGAGCAAUUUGGCACCCGAGUCUUUUCGGACACACGCAGAAUGAAGAAGAUCAAGGCGGCGGCGGUCGCGAGCGUGAGCCACUCCAGCUUGAUGAUAUAACGGCUGCCGUUCGUUGCAAGAAAUGGUGGCUGCAGCUUGAAGUUGUGUAUCAGCUUAACCAUUUCGGAGAUGAGUUCUCAUCGUGGGCUGAGGGCUGUCAGUGCCAUGGGUGGCUGCGGCCCACUGCAAGUUCGGCGCCGCACAUGCGUAAGCAAGUUGUCAGGUCGCAGGAGGCAGAGCAUUUGAAUGCAGCUAGACACUUGCUUGGCUUAAGUGCCUCGAACGGAGGGGAUGGUUUUGAGUUCUUGUGCCCUUUGGCUGGACGUAGAGCGCCAGAAUUGGCUUGCGGUGCAGUCAGCGAGCAUUUUCGAGAGUCAAUCGCAAACCAAACGAAUCGGAUCCGCCAGGCUGGUGUCGACAUGGAAAUGGACAUGGAGGACAUUCAAGAAGUGCUUGAAGAUGUGUCACGUGCAACGGCAGCCAUGCAAGCGUACACUGCUCAGAAACUUCAGUGCUGGGAUGUGUUGCCUUGGAAGCUUUGCGGGGUAGGGCAUAGCAACAUAGCUAAGUCUAGGCAGUGCGCAGCUGCUUGUUUGGAGCUGUUCCGGGCUUCGCCGCAGCAGGAGCGUUUGCAUCACAGAGUCACGUGGAAAUAUAUGCGCGAAGGUUGCCAAACACGUGCACAGCUUGAAGCGUUCAUCGCAGGAACGCCCAUGUGUGAUCUGCCUGAACUCAGAGUUCUGGUGUCUGAACUCCAGUUUGUGCCCACAGUUGAGCGUAUCCAGGAAGGUGACCAUAGCAUAGUGCACCGCAUGGUUCAGUACAGACAGGUUUCUGGCCCUUUUGUAGCUUGUUCCGUGCGUGUUCCUGAAAUUCGCUCUUUGAUGCAAAUCCCUGUCGAGUCUUCUGCGUUCUUGAGCUGCUUUUCCGAAGUGGAAAGCAUCGACAACAUCGCCAAGCGGUUUGGCUUCUACAAGCAUCCUCGGUGGCAGCAGGCCAUAGCAGAGAAGCAGUAUAAGAAGAAAAAGAUUGUCCUUGCGGGCUUGAUGAUGUAUUCAAUGGACAUUGAGUCCCAAUUCAGCAAGAUGCAAUCUGUCAAGAAAGCCCGGGAGAAGCGAGCCAGGGAACGAGAUAAAGUCCAGAAGGAGUGGAGCUUGCAAUUUGAAAGGAAACGGAAAUUUUCCUUGGAAGCCUUGCAAGAGGUGGCCAUGUCUGAUCACUUGCAGGAGGAGUUGCAGAUCGGUCGGCUGUAUAGUCUGCCAGUGGGAGCAGCAGCAAUAAGCUCACUGCAAAGCAGGCUCGACCCUGUGCACCUGCGGCACGAGAGGACACAGCCUGCCCUGCCUGCUGCAAGGCCGGAUGAGGCCCUAGCUUUGAUGUCGGAUGUUUUUGAGUAUCCGGCAGUCGAAGCCGACGAUGUCGUGAUGCCAAGCACCCCCCCCGCACAGCCAGAACAUCAAAGCACGCAGGUCCGUGACAGCGUCUUUUGGAAGUUGACUUGCGCCAAGCCGAGCAAGCACAAGCUGAUGCGUCUCCCCGCAGCAUCUGCUGGACGCCUGUCCCAACACGACUUUUGCGUUACUUUGCAUCGCUGCCUCGAGAUCCCAGGGGAGGGGGUUCGACUUGUAGAGAUAGAGCCAGCAAGCAGCGAGGGAGCAGGCGGCUUUGCAACAGAAGCUGUAGGAGUCAUGUCCGUGUUUCGAGCAGACUUGUCAGAGGUGCGUGACAGCAUGCUGCAGUGGUCCUCUAGGAAAGACUUGUCGUUCACCCUUGCCACUUGUGAAGACAUCCUGUCUCGACCCAUGUUGAAUGUUUUGAACGAUCUUGUUGCUGCGAAGGCCUUUCCUUCGACAGAGACACGUGGCCAGCUGGUCGUAGGUUCUGCCGACAGGGAAAAAUUGCAGUGUCUGGAAACACUUCGGCAAAGAGGCAUGGUUUCAAUGCUGUUGGAAGAGGAAGGCCAGAGCUCUUAUGCAUUUACCUCCUUGGGGGCGCAGAGCUUGCGACAUCUGCGCCAAUGCACGGCCCCGGCCCGCUUUUUCAAGUCGCCUUCUGAGCUUGCAGACAUCCCAGCCGUGGAGUGGCAGUACUGCACCACGUGGGAGUUGCUGACUUUAUUGCAGCAUUCCGGAUGGCUGUUACGGCAAGCGCCCCAGCCCAAGGAUUUGAAGAAGCGGCCAUUGCCCCCCCACACAGCCGAAGCGCUUGCAGACGGCAAUUUGGUCUGGUAUGUUCGGGGUCUUUCUUUGCAUAACAGUAAGCUGUACAUGCUGUCCCUGCUAAGAUCCAAGGAAUUCUUUGAGAAGUCUAGCCUUGCAGAGCUUCAUCAUUGCCAGCCCAUAAGGUACUAUGAGAAAGUGCUAGAAGGAUCUUCUGAUGGAACGGUUGCGCUGGCACACUUGAGCCUUGAAGAUAAGGAAGCCGUUCCCUGUUUGUCCUUGGAUGUAGCCGAGGACUUUCAAAGCGAGCAGCCUGCCAAAGCUCCACCGCCCGUGCCCAGGCGUCGUCGCUUGCAGGAAGCAUCAGAGACAGUGGCUCCAGAGGCAGGGCCAGCACGGGGCGAUAUGACCGAUGGGAACAAGUCCCAGGUUCAAGAGUUGCUUGAGAUGUUCGAGGAGUGCUCGUCCCAAGCUCACACCAGUGACGAGUAUCAGCGAAGCCUUGCUUUAGAGUCUCUCAGCCAGAGCGACUUUUACGAGCCGUCCUUUGCGGGCGACGGUCCUGGCAAUCCCGAGCCCGCUUUUGCGGCACCGUCUGUGUUGGGAGAGAGUGGUGACUAUUAUGAGGCUGUAGAGGCCAUGGGGGAUAAACUGUUAGCAGUGGGGGCUGACCCAGUCGUGCCAGCGGGGAGCCCCGCCAGUGAGCCAGUGGUGCCAGCGGGGAGCUCCGCAAGUGACCCAGUGCUGCCAGCCGCGGGGAGCUCCGCCACUGACUUAGCACUGCCAGCGGGAAGCCCCGCCCUUGGCGUCGCGGGUGGUGCAGUGCCUGCCGCAAGCAGUGAUGCGCCGAGACUCGGUGCAGGUGCAAGUGGAAGCAGGACGACAGAGCCCGACUCCUUUAAUUGGGGACAUUUCCGCCUCACCUUCGUCUCAGCAGAGAAGCGGCCGCCAUAUGGAUUGUGGCAGGCCACGUGUCGAUUCCAUCGCAAAAACGAAUCCACAGGCUGCAAAAAAAGCAUGCAACUCGGCAGUGGUCCGGAAGCCAAAGAGACCUGCAAGCGUAUGCUCAUGUUUUGGUGCUUGCAAGCACCAAAACAUAGGACGAAGUUAGGCCACAGUGCGGUUGCUUUGUCGCCCUCGGAUGCUUUGCCCUUGGAAGUCUUGAACAGCAGGCUCUCAGAAAUGCCGGCGCCGCCGGCCGUGGUGCAGACCGAUGAGCAAAUCAAUGCAGCGAAUCGCGGGCCUGAACCAAGCACGGGGGCUGCGAGUGAUCCAGAGUCUUCCUCCAGUUCUUCCAGUUCAUCCGACUCCGAUUCUAGCUCCAGCUCCAACAUUGCGGACGGAGGCAAGGCCAUGGCCCAUCACGACCGUGGCUGGUGGGGCGGAAGGUCAAGCGACUGGUGGGACCAGUCUGGGCAGUCUUGGAGCAAAGAGUGGCAGCCCAGGCAGUGGCAGCGUGGUGGCGACGGCCGUGGCUGGCAAGAGUGGGAGCAGCGUGACGGGCGUGGCGGUGACGGCCAUGGCUGGCAAGAAUGGGAGCAGCGUGACCGGCGUGGUGGGGACGGCCAUGGCUGGCAACAGUGGGAGCAGCGUGACCGAAGGCGAUGGGGUGGUGAAACUCACGACAACCGAGCCGCCGCCCCAAGCCAGGGGCGAGGCCGUGGAACAAGCCAGAAGAAAGCAAAGGGGCGAGGUCGCUGGCCCAAGGAAGGUCGAUAUGAGCGACGUAGCCAAGCGGCUAAAAAGAAACGUGAGGCCCGCGGUGCUUCGCGUCGACGAAAAGCUGCCGGCAACGUCGUGGCCCAGGCUGACGGAGAGAAGUCAGCAGGAGAUGCAGAGCUGGCAGCUCCGGUUGCGGUUGAGGCUGCAGCAAAAGCCUUGGCAAAAGCCAGCAGCAGUGGUGAGGAGUCUUCGGAGUCGGAAGACUGUGCAGAGCCGGAGCCAUCGUUUGGUGCGACUUUGGGCCAUUUUUGGGCGAUUUGGGGCCAUUUGAGGAUCCAGUCCAUUCUUUUCUGUGGCGUGAAGGCCGGUUUGUGUGCGUGGGGCGCACAAAUUGCCCAGAUACCAUAUAGCGGUCUUUGCACGGUCUUAGGGCAAGCGGCCAGAAUGAUGUUGCAGCUCGAUUGCGAGCCCACUCUGUCUGAGUCAAGAAAGGCGGUGGAGGACACAGCCACCGGCAGGCUCGGGCCGUACCAGCAGCACAAGCAGCUGGAGGGGAGGCUUGCGGGUGCAACUACUGCAGCUGAGUCUAUGUCUUGGCCUUUGGAAGACUUGUUUAGCUUGGAGAAGCAGGGAGCAAAGUACUUUGGUAGCAACCUAGCAGCAGCAGCUUGUGAACGAAUCCUCGAGGGUGUGCUUUUGACCACAGAUUACAGCGGCAUCGGCUGCCCCGAGGAGGCAUUGCACCAUGUGGUCACCGCUUGCAAAGCCUUCGCAGCAGGUUUGGGCAAGACGGUGCCAGAAGAUGCCAUCUUUCGUUGCCUGCGUGCUGGUGAUGUAACCAUGCACUGUCGUCAGGUGCUUCUGAAGCACGCAGGAACAUUUCGGCCCAUGUGCGUGCAUGGCGACAUCAUGGAAAGGUGCCCUAAGAAGCUGCUGAAUCGCUUGGCAGGAUAUCACAAACGAGCUGUGUCAACCGCCCAGACGAAGGUUGUGGCGGGGAAGAACAAGGAGGGUGCGAUCAGGCAAGAGGUUGGUCGUAGCACAGUUCGCAAGAUCAGCAACUUCAUGUUGGAUGUCGAGAAGACCAGCAAAGCAUCGGUGCUUGGCAUGUGUGCUGCCCACAACAGGAUGUGCCCAGUCAUCCCUGACAUACCUGUUGACUUCGCAGGCAUUCGUGUUCAUGUCGCUGGCGUGAACUGCUAUGACUGGAGCAGCAUGGGUAGCUCCAAGAAGUGGCUGGGUGAAAGCAUGCCCAUCUUCAUGGAAUGGGCCCGUGAACGACUUCUGUCCCUGGAGGACAUGAUCAUCGUCGAGUGCGUCGACGCUUUUGAUUCCGAUAUGUUGGGUGAGCUGUUCCAUGUCUCUUACAAUUUGGAAGUGUUGCGAAUCUCCCCCACCUUAUUUGGAGAGCCAGUUGAGCGUCAGCGUAAGUACAUGAUCCUUCUAAAGAAGGACAAGCUUGCAUGGACCAGGCACUUGUCAGGCCAGGAGAAGUUCAGGGCUCCCGAGCACGAGGUCCAGGAGUACAAGCUCGGCCUUGCAGCGCAGAAGCACAUGCCGUUGUGCAAUGAGAAAGGGCGACAGUGGAGCUUUUUCCAAGUGGCAACCAAGGCUAUUCAGAAGAACAUUUCGGAACAUGAGAAAGCUCUGGCAGCCCGCAUUGGAUCCAAAGCCGACAGAAGCCAUUGGAUCGUGAACGUCAGGCAAUCGCCGGGCUUCACUCCGGCCAAGCAGUUCAUUGUUCCAGCCCUGCUGCGUUCUUCCAGGCUCUGGCUGUUUGGACUAAAGCGGUGGCCGCUGCCUUUGGAGUUGUUGGAGGUCCAAGGCUGGAACAUAUGGGGCCGCAAUCCUGGAGUCACUGAGGCCAUUGGCAAUUCGCAGAGCUCGAGUGGGUCCCAGCCGGAGACCUGUCCACAGGAAUUCCGGUGCGAGUUUGUAGAAGCCUUGCGGAGCCUCCCAGACAAGCACCUCUACAGUGUUGCAGGAAAUUCUAUGCACUUGAGAGUUGUAGGUGUGCAAAAUUUGAUUCAGAGCUUGUUGCUGCUGAGUUGCAUUGCAGACAGUCCAGCGAGUCAGCAAGAGGUAGAGGCCACGGUGGACGGUGUCGGUUGUUCACAUGAGACAGAGGAAACGGAUCGGGCUGGGGAUGAGUCAGAUGCCCAAAGUUCAGCAUCCGCCUCUGGGCAUGUGAAUAAGAAGGGGCGGCGGUCACAAAAGGAAACUAGCAAGAAAGGUCCCAAAGUGAAGAAGGCAGCCAAGAAAAGCAAAGCCAAGCCCGGAGACUCGUGGCGCAAAUGCAAGCAGUGCAACAAGUUCAAAGAGGACAGCGACUACAAUGAACAGCAGGCGAAGUGCAAGCAGUGCUACAACGACAAUCGUUCGCUUGCACGAGUAGCUGUUCGUCAGAACAUGAAGGAGGACCUCGAGGAAAUGGAGAAGAAUGAUCCCAAGCAGCACGGUGCUUUGGUGAAGGCCUUCUUGAAGGAAAGGGAGGCCACGAAGAGGGGCGGAAAGCGCCUGCGCUUCUGCAUCCACACGUUCACUGUCAAGUACAAGUCGCAGGUGGGCACGAGGGGUGAGGCUGAGGGGGAGAUGAUGUGGGAGGGGGAGUGGCUGGAGGAAGCCCAGAGAGCCAAACACGGGUUCUUGUCUUUGCAGGAGGCUCGUGACAUGUGGGCCAAGUGGGAAAAGGAUGAGAAGCACCCGCGUGACAGGGAGGGACCACGUAACUACCUGCGUCUCUUUGUGAAGACCAAGGACAAAAUCAUCCAGUACAACGAUAUCUCGCGAGAGAAGGAGCUUGCCAAGGGCGCAAAUUUGGGGAAGAAGCCUAGUCAGAGCGUCGUCGAUGCAUCUAUGAAGAUGCUCGCGGGGGACCAGGGCAUGGAAGAGCACGAUCUCGCGGACUUCAGUGCCGUUUUGAGCAAAGCCAAGACGAGCUUUGCAGGAAAUGGACAGAGCUCUGCGUUGGCCGGAGACGGUCUCUUGGGACCGGAUGUGGAAGAGCUGCUCCAGGGCGUCAAAGCGAAGAUGGCCAAGAAAAGGACAUCAGAUGACAUGGAUGAUGACACGUCCGAGGAAGCUGGCUCAGAGAAGGCCAAAAAAGGCACUGGUGGCAACCCGUCUCCCAACAAGUCGGAGAAGUGGUUCGAUGCCGAGUCACGGACAAGGAAGGCUGAGAGAAUGUGGGAGCAGCAAAUGACCAAUUUGCGGCGGGAGAUGGACAAGGUCAGUGGGGACAUGACGGCCGUGCUGACGGAGUUCCGAGGAUCAUCGGAUGCUAGCAAGUACUCUUGCGAAAUGCUUUUGGUGCAGAAGCGUCAAGAAUGGCUGGAUGCCACAUUGGAGCCCGAGGAAGCCAGUCUUACCAGCAAGGUGGCGAAGCAGCAGGACUGCGUACAGGCCGUGGCGGACACGGAGUCUGCUGCAGAUUCUAGGGAUGCCUUGGCCGUGGCCAAAGCCGGGCCAUGUGCCGGCUGGGAAAGUUUGGUGACUGUGUCAUCCCUUCUCGCCAAAGCGACGGAGUUCCGUGCAUGUGCGUCUGACAACGACAUCAAGAAGCAUCUGGAAAGCUUGGUGCCAGCAAAGAAGUUGCUGUCAACACUUAUGCAAGCUUGCAAGGCAGCCACAGGUGAGCUGCUGUCAGCUCGGAAGAAGGAUCAGCAGAACCUCGAGAAGAGGAAAGAAAAAGAGCUGAAGGAUGCUACGGCAGAGAAGAAGCGGGCUGCGGCCGUGGCCGGGCAAGGAUGGGUUCCCGUUUGGGGAGAUGAGGCAGUCCAGAUGCCCAUGAGGACCUCGUGGUGCGAGGAGUGGAAGGGCCUUGACAAGCCGUUCGUGCUGACAAAGUGCGAAGACUGUUUUGCCCACGAUGAUGUGAGCAAAGCCAUGAAGGGCUUCAUGGCAAUUUUCAAGGAAUCCAGCAUGCGCAUCACAGAAGGCCGCGCCCAAGCACCAGCCUCGGCAGAAGCUUCCCAGGCAUUCUGCAAAGUUCUGCAGGCGAAGGUGCCAAAGGAAAUCGACGGACAUGCCGUUGUGAUGGGCUUGGAGUCCGAGCAGCAGCAGAAGCAGUGGCCAGAUUUGCACAAAGCGCUCUUGUGCAGUACGUUUGGCGUUGCAGCGUCCCACGUCUCAGUCGCCAAGCUGGAGCUCCAUCUCAUGCCGUGCCUGCGUGCCACCUUCCAUGGAACACGGUUCGUGACAAUCCUUUUGCUCAAUGCGGUAGUGGAGCUGCUGCAAAGCCAGAGCAAGGAGGACACCUUGCAUCGUGUUCAAGAGUUCGCCUUCAAGUGUACGGAGGCAGACGUGGAAAAGUUGAAGGCGUCUGGAGGGGCCUUUUGUGGCACCGUCGGGCCCAACGACAUCCUCUUCACUCCUGGUGGUGCCCUGGUGUCGCAUCGAGUGUUGUCGCAAGACAUUGGCGGCGUUCGCAUUGGCAUGCUCUGUGGAAACAUGGAACCAGAGAUGAAGAAGCUUGCCCAGCUUUGUCCCGAGAGUCGCUGCAUUAAGCAAGUGCAGGCUUUGUUUGAAGCCACAUCGUUGAAGGCAUCCCCGCCUCAGGAUGCCAAGGCCCUUGAAGAUGCAGCCGCAGCUUUUGCUGCGUCUAAGGGUGGAUCGCAACAGGGUCCGCCGCAGGAGUCAAAGCAGGACCCUCAGCAGUGA